AUGGGUUUGCCAAGAGAGCUCAUGUCAGGAGUCAAGGUUUGCUGUCGGCCAGUGAUGUGUGAUAAAUUACAUGUGAUGCUGCUCAUGAGAUCAUACGUCUUCGAAAGCGAAGCUACAGUCACGGGGAAUAAUGGGGUGGUCAUCCACGGCAGCAAGGACAGGCCAGGACAAGGAAAGCCACGUUCACGGAUUGUUCCUUCUGCCGAGGUCGAUGUCCGAACGCCCUGGCCCAAUGAAAAGAUGGCUACUGCUCUUCACUCGCGAAAACACUUCUUUCUGAUCACCUCUGAGCUACACGACGGCGAGCCAGCGCCUGAUCACGAAGUGGAUGGCCUUGGGCACGGCACCAUUGAGCUCAUUGAUCCGGAUUCAAGAUCUCAUUUGGAUGAUCCGAAUCCAAGACAUACGGAUCAUACAUCUUUGAAAUGGGCUUCAGUCUUACUUACGGUGCUGUGGGGAUGGUAUGAAGUUGUCUCCUCCACUAUAGCAGGCAAGGAGAGUAGCUCUAUCGUGUUCUCCCGUAGAAGUUCGGGAUUGAUGAUGCUGGACCCCCAACGUACACAUGACAGCAGUGACAUCGUUGUCGCCAUGCCAUGCCAAGACGACAGGACGCCUGAUGAAGCUAAAUUGUAUAUCUUGCACAUACACAAAGCAGUUCGGUAUGGCUUGCUUGUCCGUCCCGCAAUAUUGCCAUUUGCUGGAAUUCCAAUCCUCAGCGUCCCGCAACAGUCGAGUCCUGGCGCACGCUGGAACGGAUCGGCAGCGCCAAUGGCGGAGGACAUCGAUAUGGAUAUCGGUCCCACGACACUCGUGGCGUUAGCGUCAUAUGCAUUCUACAUGCUUGAUCCCCAGCUCCUGCGCCUCUGUCUCAACUUCAGGUGUUCUUCGCGCAGGCGUUACCAGACGAUGCAUUCCAUCGGACUCAUUUUACCUUUCCUGGCUUUCGUCGAGUCCGCCUUUGGACAGCUUGGCCAGUCGAAUGCAACCGCUGGAGCUUUCACUGAUAUUCUGCUGUGCAACCAGACUUUUGCAGAUGCGAACGGGACUGGCGUCUUCACAGUCAAUCCCAACGUCGAUCAAGGAACGCAGACGGAUCAACCAGAUAAUGACACUGGGAAGACAAGACCUGUAGACCUGGCGGUCACGCUGGUUGAGGAACCCAACACUUCUCGUCUUCAAUUGACAACAUGGCUCAACCCCCGAGGUGCCAACUACAGCGACGACUUUGGCCUCGGCUACGAUGUAUGCGGCAUGGCUAUUGGGCCUUUUCCAAACAACACGCUAUACAGAGCACAGUCAGAUAAUGGUUCCUGCUACUCUGUGCUGGAUGAGACCUGCGUCAACGACAUCAAGAUUUUGGCGCAGCAGUUUGCCUUGGAGUUGACGUUGAAUCCAACGCCGUAUCCUAAUAGCAACCUCACCGUCGACUCAAUCAGCACGGUGUGCUCUGAUAUCGCUGCGAAUUUGAUGAUACAACAGUUAGCAAUGCUACUCGUGAGUAUCCCCAUCGCAGCUCUGACUGGAUACAACUCCUCCAUACUGUACGCGAACUGCUACACGAAUGUGAGCCACAAUGAUGCAUACUACGCGAUCGAGACCUCUUUCGUCGAUUACAAUGAUGCCAACUACAAUCUCCUGGGGCGAAUCGCUGCACCAAUUCUCGCCAUUUGGAUGCCUAUAGCGAAUGCCGAGCGACCAAGCACAAUUCAGUAUGCUACCGCUGAAUUGAUCUGCGCAGGAGUAAAGAAGUUCAAUCCGGGCAGCCGGGUCGCUGCAUCGCUGCCGUCUCCGACCCCAGUCGGAAGCGGUGGUGGAUUGGCUGGAGGCGCGAUUGCUGGAAUUGUUGUUGGUGUUGUGGUCGGUGUCGCUUUGAUUGCAGCUUUGGCCGUAUGGUGGUUGGUUUCUCAAAGACGAAGAGCGAGGAGUAAUGCGGCCGUAGAAGUGACACCGCCGGAGAAAGGAACAAGUGAUUACUCUUCAACAGGAGCAGGGCCACCUGGCGAUGUCAAGGUCAAUGAACAAAUGUCACCUACGGAAGCUCCGGAUACGGCCCUAUCGGAGCUGCCUCCAUCAACCUCUACAAGGUCAGAAUUGGACACAGGAAAGGGCGUCGAGCGUUUCGAGCUGCCUUCGGAGGCCUCCAAACCUGUGGAGCUUCCUGGGAGCGGAGCGGCCGUCCGAAAUUAG